ACAAACAUACAAGGUGUAAGCUGUAAGUCAAAAAAUAUUUAACAUACAGUCAAAAGUAGUGUGUCAUGCUACAACAAUUAAAAUUGGCUCCUUUGCAGUCAUUUUUAUUCCAAGGCGUCAGACCGAUUAACAGAUCAUUUAAUCUUCAACCCAAACUCAUGAUGUCAACAAGACCAAGGAAUUCCGAGAUCCCGUCAGAUGAUUGUUUGCCUAGUUAUGAGUAUGUGUUCAAACAAGAUUUACUCAAAGGCCAAGUGGCUUUCAUUACUGGCGGAGGAUCUGGUAUUGGAUUCAGAAUAGCUGAAGUCUUCAUGAGACAUGGAUGUGAUACUGCUAUAGCUAGUAGGCGGCUUGAAAAGUGUCAAGAAUCAGCAAAAAAACUGGAAGAUGCUACUGGACAAAGAUGUCUCCCUCUUUCUGCAGAUGUACGAAAUCCAAAGGAUGUACAAAAAACCAUAGACAAGAUCGUAGACAAUUUCGGAAAAAUUAAUAUUCUUGUCAACAGUGCUGCUGGUAACUUUCUUAGUGAUGUCGAAAAUCUUUCGUACAAUGCAUUUAAGACUGUUAUAGAUAUAGACACGAUAGGAACCUUCAAUUGCAGUAAAGCAGUUUAUGAAAAAUACUUCAAGAAAAAUGGUGGCAAUAUUAUUAACAUAUCCGCUACAUUACACUAUAAAGGUGAUGCUAUGCAAACUCACGCAGGUUCUGCAAAAGCUGCUAUUGAUGCCAUGACUAGGCAUAUGGCCGUUGAAUGGGGAGGGAAUGGAGUACGAAUCAACUGUAUUUCUCCGGGACCAAUCGAUGGAACAGUAGGAAUGAAAAAGUUGGGUGGUGAGAGUAGUUUGAGAGAACAACUAGAGAAUGGUAUUCCUCUUCAAAGAAUGGGCCAAAAAUGUGAAAUAGCAGACACUGCUGUUUUUCUUGUGAGUAAUGCAGCUUCUUAUGUAACUGGUGCAGUUUUAGUAGUUGAUGGUGGCAGCUGGAUGACAGCUUUCAACAAUUUCUCAAUGAUUAAAAAGUUUCUGGCUAACCCAAAACUCUAAUUGAAUGUGGCAUAUUUUUUUAGACUUCUCCAUUAAUUUAGUAACAUGGUAUAUUUUUGUAAGAUUCAUCAAAUAGAAUAGUAUUUACAUUUUUGGUUGCUUUUUUAUAUUCAUUUUUCAUUUAAUUGCUUAAUAAAGUUUCAGGAUUGCAGAUUCGUCUUAGUAGCAAAUGAUACACAAUUACGGUAAUUCAAAAUUAUGGGAAAUUAGAA